AAAGUACAAAAAUAAUCUUAUGCUGUUCCCAAAUUUUGAAUUUCUCUCAAAGACGAUUUUAAACGGCGGUUCCUGUAUUUAUGUGAGAGUUAAUAAAAAUAAGUGGGGAUGGAUUAUCGAAAAGAAAAAGGACAUGACAGCUCAGCUUAUUUAACUUGUGAAUUUUGCCAUACUCAAAAUGGCGUACGCGAAGAGUCUAGUGGUUAUCUUGUUCAUAUGCACCCUUCCGAAUACUCUUUCUAUUCAAAAUGACGUCUUAGAAAGGAACACAAAUGGACCAAGUGAUAUGAAAUAUCGUCUACCAAAUAACACAGUACCGAUGCAUUACAUCAUUAAACUAAUACCCGACAUCGCCGGGACUUUCUCAUUCGAUGGUGAAAUUAGUGCUGAGUUUAAAGUUCUCGAACCAACCGCGAGCGUGGCAUUGCAUUUAGAGGAUUUAGAAUUGAAUGGAAGCGCGACACAAUUAAAGCUCGAAAAUGGUAAUAUACUUAAACCAGAGAAUCAUAGUUAUGACAAUAAAACGAACAUUAUGGUGAUCCACUUUGGCAGUACACUGGAGAUUGGCACGUACAUCCUGAGGAUGAUAUUCAGAGGAAUUUUAAGGGAUGACAUGUAUGGGUUUUACAGAUGUUCGUAUAAAGAUCGUCAAGGGAAUAAAGUGUGGAUGGUUGCGACACAAUUUGAGCCUAUAUCUGCGCGAAAAGCAUUUCCAUGUUGGGACGAACCUGCUUUGAAAGCUAGUUUCGACAUCUCGAUAAAACAUUACACGAAUUAUACUGCUCUGUCUAACAUGCCCAGACGUGAACAAUCACAGGUUGACGAUGCCGAUGGAAAGGUGUGGUCGCACUUUGCAACGACUCCUAUUAUGUCCACUUACCUGGUAGCAUUCGUGGUCGCUGCUUACGAGAACAUAUCCAAUGACGAUGGCACCAUUAACGCCUGGAGCAGAAAGGAUUUGAUCCCUUUUUUGAAAUUCGCUCACGAAAUUACUCAAAAAGCAUCGGCUGAAUUGGAACGGUACACCAACAGUACUGUUCGUGUGCCAAAAAUGGACCAUGUAGCUGUUCCUAAGCAUAGUAUGUCGGCUAUGGAAAAUUGGGGACUGAUAAUAUAUCCAGAGAAAAAUAUUAAAUACAACGAGAACACCGCGACGUACAGAAGGAAAUGCGAGGUAGCAACGAUAGUGAUACAUGAAUUAACUCAUCAAUGGUUUGGAAACGUCGUAAGCCCAACCUGGUGGUCUCACGUUUGGCUGAACGAAGGUUUCUCUUCGUACUUCGAGUACUACAUAAUCGAUAAGAUUUUUCAAAAUACAAGAGCGAUGGAUCUUCUCGCGGUGGAUGUUGUUCACAAGUCUCUUUUUAUGGACGAUAAGUGGGACAUCAUGGCGAUCGAAUCCGAUGUAAGAACAACAAUGGAUAUCGAGUUGGCAUUCUCCAGAUCUGUUUACACUAAAGCUCCUGCCAUCGUAAACAUGCUAGCAAAUAUCAUUUCUCCAGAGGUCUUCCGGGCUGGUCUGGUCAAGUACUUGAACGAACAUGAAUAUGGCUCUGCCACUCCGGACUCGUUGUGGGCGGCGUUGCAAAGUACUCUAAACGAAUCGGAUGCCCCUCGCAGUGUGUUCAAUGUGAAAGAGGUCAUGGAUACCUGGAUCAAACAAAAGAGAUACCCUCUGAUAACGGUAGAGUGCAAUUAUUCUACCGGUGAAAUAAAACUGACUCAAAAAGACAUUGGAUUGAUAGGUUCUCAAGAGAACGUUAAGGACAUAGAACAGUUUAACAAAGGGGAACGGAGAAAUGAAUGGUGGGUACCCAUCAAUUAUGCGACAGAGAUUAAUCUGGAUUUUUCAAACACCAGGCCCACUCACUGGAUCAAACCGCAAGAGAAUUUAACUAUCACUGAAGUUAAUCUGGAUGACUGGAUCAUUGUAAACAAACAACAAAGUGGUUACUAUCGAGUGAAUUAUGACGAAACCAAUUGGAGGAGGAUCGGUAAUUACCUUAGAUCGGAGAACUUUACGAAGAUCCACGUGCUAAAUCGUGCACAAAUCAUUAAUGACGCUAUGUGGUUAAUGCACAUCGAACGCCUCAGUCCUGAGAUAUUCUUGGAAAUCGUCGGUUAUUUAUCUCAAGAAACGGAUUACAUACCAUGGCGACCUGCGUUUCAGUUUUUAAGGGAUAUGAGUCUACUUCUAGAUUCUCCAUUCGCUGGGCCAAUUAAGACUUAUGUGUUGAAUAUUAUGAACAAGUUAAUCGAAAAGGUAGGUUUCGAAGAACACGAGGAUGACGAACCACUCACAAUAUUAAUCAGAAUUGAUAUUCUUAAAUGGGCCUGUACGUUUGGUCACGUUGAAUGCAAAGAAGCUGCUACUACCAAAUUUAUGGAAUUUUUCAAUAGCUCGUUUGAAGCUAGAAUUUCACCAAACUUGAAGUCAUGGGUGUUCUCCAACGGCAUGAAAUUGGUAAAUGAAUCCAUCUGGAACAAAAUGUUUGAGAUGUAUCUAAACAAUCAGACAGUAGCCGCAUUGCGUUUUCUAAGUGGCUCGGAAAAUCCAGUUCUUAUGAGAAAAUACUUAAACGCGUCGAUAUCGAAUGACCUGGGAAUACCAAAGAAACACCAGGUGGCGAUGAUCAGAUACGCAUUGGAUAAUCUUAAUCAUCUGGACCUGGUGCUUGACUUCGUUACCGAACAUUGGAGUGAAAUAACUGAACGAUCGAAAAAUAUUCUUGAAGAGAUCUACCCCAUUUUUUAUGUAUCUAAUACAGAAGAGCAGGUUGAAAAGGUAAAAGAGUUAUGUAAAGCUGUCGAUGGUGAAAUAAAAUGCAGUUCCAUGAGAAUUUGGGAGCAAAAACUAAGAACCAUCAGAGCACAGGAUUCUAUAAUACAGAAAUGGUCAAAGCUUUUAUGAACAGUGAAAUUUUUUAAUAUUUGCAGUACCAUAUUAUUAUACAUAUGUGAUGUGUACAUAUUACUAAGUACAUGAUAAACGAUAUAUUUAAUAUAAUUUUCAUCAAAA